AUGACCCUGCCCGGGGGCCCGACGAGCAUGGCGCGGCCGGGAGGCGCGGGACCCUGCAGCCCGGGGCUGGAGCGGGCCCCGCGCCGGAGUGUCGGGGAGCUGCGCCUGCUCUUCGAGGCGCGCUGCGCGGCGGUCGCCGCCGCCGCCGCCGCAGGGCAGCCCCGGGCCCGCGGGGCCAAGAGGCGCGGGGGACAGGUCCCCAACGGGCUGCCGCGGGCUACCCCUGCCCCGGUGAUCCCGCAGCUGACUGUGACAGCCGAGGAGCCGGACGUGCCCCCGGCCAGCCCGGGGCCGCCGGAGCCGGAGGGCGGCUGGCUCCCGGCCGCGGGCUCCUCGCACCUGCAGCAGCCGCGCCGACUCUCCACCUCGUCGCUCUCCUCCACUGGCUCCUCGUCGCUGCCCGAGGACUCGGAGGACGAUCUGCUGAGCGACAGCGAGAGCCGGAGCCGCGGCAACGUGCAGCUGGAAGCCAGCGAGGACGCGGGUCAGAAAAGCCACUGGCAGAAGAUCAGGACCAUGGUGAAUCUGCCGGUCAUGAGCCCUUUCAAGAAGCGCUACGCCUGGGUGCAGCUGGCCGGGCACACGGGGAGCUUCAAGGCGGCGGGCACCAGCGGGCUGAUCCUGAAGCGCAGCUCGGAGCCGGAGCGCUACUGCCUGGCGCGGCUCAUGGCCGACGCGCUGCGCGGCUGCGUGCCCGCCUUCCACGGCGAGGUGGAGCGCGACGGCGAGAGCUACCUGCAGCUGCAGGACCUGCUCGACGGCUUCGACGGGCCCUGCGUCCUGGACUGCAAGAUGGGCGUCAGGACUUACCUGGAGGAGGAGCUGACUAAAGCCCGCGAGCGGCCCAAGCUGCGGAAGGACAUGUACAAGAAGAUGCUGGCGGUGGACCCCGCGGCACCUACCGAGGAGGAGCACGCGCAGCGCGCCGUCACCAAGCCCCGCUACAUGCAGUGGCGCGAAGGCAUCAGCUCCAGCACCACGCUCGGCUUCCGCAUCGAAGGCAUCAAGAAAGCUGACGGCUCCUGCAGCACCGACUUCAAGACCACACGAAGCCGGGAGCAGGUGAUUCGCGUCUUCGAGGAGUUUGUGCAAGGGGAUGCAGAAGUGCUGAGGAGGUAUCUGAACCGCCUGCUGCAGAUCCGGGACACCCUGGAGGUCUCUGAGUUCUUUAGGAGGCACGAGGUGAUUGGCAGCUCGCUACUCUUCGUGCAUGAUCACUGCCAUCGCGCGGGUGUGUGGCUCAUCGACUUCGGCAAGACCACGCCCCUCCCCGACGGCCAGACCCUGGACCACCGGCGGCCCUGGGAGGAGGGCAACCGCGAGGACGGCUAUUUGCUGGGUCUGGACAAUCUCAUUAGCAUCCUGGCCAGCCUGGCUGAGAGAUGAGGCUGGGCCCCGGUUCUAACAGAUGGACCUGCGGCUGCGUCCCCACCAUGCAUGCUGGCGGCAGAGACUGAAACCCCGCGGUGCGGGGUGGUUCACACGGUUCUGCAGGGCCAGGUGCCAACCACUAUGGGACGCACUGCAAAAGCUGGGGGCUGUCCCCCAUACAAGACCCAGAUUUCUGAGAACCAAUGGCACUAAUUAACAGGGUGGGGGAGGGGUGGCUGGGACAAUGGGCUCCUUCCUCAGCCCAGCUCUUUUGAGGGGGGCUGCGUAUCUCUCUAGAGAGGCCAGAUAAUGAACUUUAUUUCGCAGGCACUAGAUCUAUUGGUCUAACCUCCCACACUACAAUGGACAGCCUUUCCCAAUAAAACUCAAAGACACCAGCUUU